AUGGUUCUCCCCGAAUAUCUCUAUGAACUUGGAGAAAGUGAGACUGAGAAUAUUCGUCCUUCAAGUGGACUUCCUGUGGUUCUGUCGACCCAAUCGAUUAAAAGAAGCACGCGACCUUGGACAGUCACACAAAUUCAAACUUUCGUGUGGGAAGAUUACAAGUGUAUGGAAAUGGAUGAAUACUAUGAAUUGCUGAAACUGCACAUGGAACUCAAUACCAAAUACCCAAUAGGCGAAUAUGGUCCACCAGUAGUUCACUGCAGUGCUGGUGUUGGCAGAACAGGAACACUUAUUUGUGGACGAUUCCUUCUUGAACAACUGAGAAGAGAUCCCUCGAAAAUUGAUGUAGUUCAAAUGGCAUUCUUGUAUCUCUUUGUUCUUCACGUUAUUAAGAAAGAAAAUCUGGGUCCGACUAUUCUUACGCCACUUGAAGAGAACUUUUUUGUUUCUUUUGAUUUAAUUCUGCCAGCUUUGACGCCACCUCACAAUGGCGUUGUUGACAAACGUCAGUCCAGUACAUGUAAUGAACACGAAGAGGCCUAG